UGAGGUUUGGUCGGUUCGAUUCUCUUUUUAUGUCUCGCGAUCGUGUUUGUUUUUUGCUGGUUAAAGGAAUGUCGUUUGCUUACUGUUUUGCCAGCGAAUCGGUACGCGGUUGCCCCGUCGAUUUGUGAAUAACUGGAAACGGAACAAAACAGUGCACCCUUAUCGCUCGCGGUUUCCUCCGUAGCUUCCAAACUGGAGAGCAAAAUUUCAGAUCGUUUUUUAAGUUUGAUCGACGAGGAGUUUGUGAAAAAUGUGGACCAGGACAUUCGGGAGUUUGUGAGGAGGAACACGACAAACAGUGUUCUACUCUUUCCCCCUGUGAACAAUUACCGUCGAUUUUUAAUUCAUAAGGGCAAGGAGUCACCCGUCGUACAGUUGUAUGCUAUAGAAAACAACUACUACUGCCCCUAGAAGAGCUGUCAGGAGACAAAAAGAGAAAAGAAGAAAAACAAGAAAAACACAAAAGUUGGAGAAGUGGAUGCAGUUCAGAACCGCUGUGGAGGAGAGGAGCGCCAAAAAUGGGUGUCGAAAAAAAUGUUGGGGAAGGAGUAUCAACGAAAAAUUCGAAGACGGUGGAUAUAUAUCGGCCGCCGGCAUUACGAAAUGUUCAACCUUCAAAUCCAUCACUACUGAAAGCUGGUGAUUCAGAGGCUGCCGAGCCUUCCCCAAAAUCUCAACCGCCGACCAGCGAUAACAAUGUAACAACAGAAACUAAAGUGCAAUCGAGUUCAAAUCAAACUGAAAGGCCGAUACGAAGAGAACGUCGUCCAGAUCGAGCAGUGUACAUACCAAGAGCACGGAGAAGUCAAACAACAUCUCCACAUACAAAUCCUUUGAAGCCAAAGGUCAACGAAAUGUUGCAGUCAACCCGAAACGGGACGGUCUCACAAAAAGAAUGUGGAAAAAGUCAGUCAUUUGAAUGUGCUGGUGAUAAUAAUGUGCGAACCCCAAAGGAAAGUGUUCCUGUGAUUCCUAAUUGUGAUAAUAAAGCCGUUGAGAAAAGUAAAAAUUCAAAUGAAAAAAGCACAGAAUUGCGACUUCCACAGAAUGUGUCGGAUAAAAACUGUGAUAAUUUUAUCCAAAAUGAUAUUAGCAACGUUGACAGUACAAAUGUGAAGAAUCAAAGUUUUCGAGAAGGUAACAUUACUAAUGUGAACGCAACUGAUAACUCCCAAACAAAACCACCGGAUACCAGUAAGAAAACACCAUUGAUAGAAAAUGCUUCAUUACCGGCUAAGAAGUCGGAAGAUGAGAAGGAAAUUCAUGAAUUGGAGCGGAUGUCCAGGGAAAUCAACCGGAGCAGUAGACGUAUCAUAAAACAAACUUUCAACUCAGACGUUCUACAAAUUCCGGAUAAUUUACUUCCCGCAAAUGAUCAACCGUCUAAAGCCGUUGACCCUGAAAACGAUGAUUGGGAUUCAAUGUUUGAUGACAACGGCGAUUGUGUAGAUCCAAAAAUAUUAUCAGAACUUACAGCUUCUGUCGGUAAAGUAAAAAUUGAGCAGCCAAAAGCGGAUUACAAGGCUUAUCUGAUGAAACAAGCAAUCCUAAAUGAGGAGGAAUAUCCGCAUGUUUUGGAAGUUUCCAAUUUUCCAGUUGAGUUUAAAACCCAAGAUUUGAUGAUGGUUUUCUCAACGUAUAAAGAAUCAGGUUAUGAUAUCAAAUGGGUUGACGAUACACAUGCAUUGGCAGUUUUUAGCAGUUCAAGGAUAGCUGCUGAAGUGCUCGCAAUGGGUCAUCCUUUUGUAUUAUUGAAACCCCUCGCAGAUGCCACCGUUGAAUCAAGAGCGAAAGCCCGAAAGUGUGCUGCCUCACUGCAACCAUAUCGCCCUCGACCUGAAACCUGCGCUGCCCUAGCCCGCCGUCUCGUAACGGGAGCUUUGGGUGUUCGCUUGAAAACAGCAGCUGAAGAGCGUGAAAACGAGAAGAAAGUAUUACGUGAAGCAAAAGAGCGGAAACUUUUGGCUGCUAAACAGAGAGAAGAAGUUUGGGAAAGUUGAAUCAACGAAAAAUAACUGCAGCAGCAGCAAAUAAAUGCCAUUAUCGUGUAAACCACUGUUUACAUCAUCAAAUAUAGAUACUACCUUUUAUCAACAACAUUUGAGAAUUUUUGUACAGAUAAGUGUUUAAAGAAAGUCUUAAAUAGCUUGAUAUACAGAUUUUGAGCAUGUUACUAUGCUGUAUUCACUUGCAAGGAAAUUAUGUAUAUUUAUUAGACCUAGGUAGACAUCCAAAUAUAGAUGAAUGGUAAUAUUUUUUAAAGUUGAAUACCAGAGGAACAAUGUGUUAUAUAUAUCAAACACUAUUUUUUAAUAAAAUAUGUUUUUCAAUAA